AAACAAAUAAGCAAGGUUUGUUUCAAUUUCACUUGAUCUUUUUUUCCCUCUUUAAAGGAAGUUUUAGGUCCGAAAAUCGAUAAACUGUUAUAUUUCAACGUUUGGGUUCAUUGUUAUUUAAAUUUAUUUCACAGAUUUCAACUCUCGAAUAUGUUUUUGAGGUCAAGGCAGUGUAGCUUUUUUUAAGUCUACGACGGCUCAACAAUCCACCCACAUCGGUGUGGAACGAUGGUAAAGAAAGAAAGAAAAAAAAAUCAAACAAAAACCGAUCAUCGGUUUGGUAAUUUGCUUGAAGCGUAUCCGGGCAUUAAUCGGCAAAACGUCAUCACUGUUUGCCGUUGUCAAGAUGAUCGUCACACGAGCUAUGUGAAGAUGUCAACUUUCUGCAAUUGGGCUUUCCAGGCGAGGCAACAGAGCAACACAUUGAUUGACUGCCGAUAAGCUAAACAUCCGACUAUAGGUGAGUAUGUUAACGAAAGAUGUAAACAUAAAUCUAUUUUAAACAUUUAUAUUACUGCUAUACGUAAACGGAGCGCAAAGAUCAAAGCACAGGUAUUGCUGGAAUAAUAUUUUGAUUUGAAGGGUAUUUUUAAUUAUUUGAAACUUGAAAAGCCUAACUGUAGUAGAAUAUAAGGGUCUACAUCAUGGCGAAAUUUCCGAUCGAAAACGUAUGACAUGAAUGAACUUAGUUCUUCAGAACAGCCACAUUUGACAUAAUAUUACUUCGAUAUCAAGGAUAUUAAGAAAUGACGAUGGAGUACAUUGAGCCAAUAAAUGCGUGUCCGGACAAAUCCAGAUCAAGCUUGGAAGAGAAUACUGUAAAAUACUUAAAAUACUCAAUUAAAGAUAUUUUGUAAUCGAUGGUUUGGGACAAGGAAUCUUGCUUGCUUCUUUAAAACGGAGUUUAGUUAAGUUAUUCAAACUUUUUUUAGAAAUUAUAAUGGUUUUUCUGGAUCUUUCCUAAAAAUUUGCGGACGAUUUUGGAUGACUACAAUGAUGCAAUGAUGCCACAAUGUAAGAGAGACUCUCUCUUCAGUGAUUUCCUUAUCCGAGUUUCUAUAAAGUGAUGCCGGUGCCGAAUAUUCAAUAUAUGCGACGUCGCAACGUUUGUACAUCUAAUGUCUAAGGCAUGACAUAACUAAGCAGAUAGUUUGCAAUAAAAAACUGCAAAAGGCUAUUGAAUUUUUAGAGUUCUAAAAUCGUAUCGUGUGUAACGGUGGGAAAUGUCCUGUGGUACUCUACUCAGAGGCCUCUGUAACUUACUCUUAUGUUGCUCUAAUAUGUUCGCAAUAAUUGUAUUAUCUUUACCAUUUUUUUUAAGUACUUUUACCUUUCAAAAAUGUUUUUGCAGUUGUUAGAAAAGCCAAAAAAAAAUAAUUUUAACUUUAGCAGAAAAUAUCACGCAUUUCAUUUAAUGAGCAAUUAAAAGAAUAUUAAAUUAAUCACAUGCGUCAACUCUGUUACCAUAUGACCCAAUUUCCCAGUGACCUUCCUUCCAGUUUUUUGUUUAAGUUGGUCACUCUCCUUGCGAGUGUCUUUUAAGGAAGUAGCCACGUUUUAUGUAGCUGUUGCUCCUGUUCUUCAAGCAAAAAAAUGGCAACGACGGCUCAAAACCACCACCACCAAGAUAGUAUAAUCUCACCAAGUUCCACAAUUGUGUGGGAAGAUGGUGCUAGGUGACGUCAUCGUUGUCACCCAAAAAAAUGUGCUACGGCCGGGAAGCAACUGAACGGGUCCACCCGAUAGGGUACCGAGACAGAGGUGGUCCGAACCUUCAUCAACACGGAUAACGGGUUUGUGAGUAAGUGUUUGGCAGUGUUUGGCUUUCGGCGCUACGCCUCCGCACAUCUGCCUUUCUCUCAGUACACGCACAGUUCACAGCAACGGUCAGUUUUGGCAAACGAUUAUGAAAUCCGUUUGUAUGGCGGGAACUUUAGCUGUUACCUCAUCAGGCAAACGUGAGACAAACGAACCAGCUGGAGCUGGAGCUUUGUAGGGAAACUUGCUCCACCUAGCCCGAUGACGAUGACGACGACUAGCUGCUGAGGAUAGGAAGGAACUUGGUUUCGUAUUCAUUUUGGCGACGAGAUUUGCAAAACCAUCCCCGGUGCGGCGUUCGUUUUUAGAGACCAAAAACGUGUAAACAAUUGCUCGGUUCCACGGUUCGGUUCAAUGGGGGGAAGUCUUCGGCACACUUUUUGGCACUUAUGAAUGGAAGCCAGUGGGCAGACAGCGUGCGGAGUGGGAAUCUCAGUUGCAGAUGUCCCAUUUCUUUCACUUUCUUUCAGUCACGAUCAACCGUUCUCUGUUGCUCGUUAUGCGAGAAAGACUCUAUUCAAAGGGUGGACGCAGUGUCCAACGCAAUUUGAUCGUAUUUCUCCCAAGUCAAAGGGUCUUUAAGGCAAAGGAGUGAUCUGCGAAAGACAGUUUUACUCCGUGUGCCGAGCAGUUCGGAACGAUCGCGAAUCAUUGUGUUUAGUGUGUGGAAAAAUAGAUUAAAUCAUAGUUUGUCGUUAUUUGCCAAGUGUUGUUAUGGUAGUGUAAAGUUACAAUGGUAGUUCUAUUCGACGGAUAGACUAUCGAACUCAAACGGUACAAUUGUAAGAUGGAGCUCUCUCGCAUGUUAUCCAGAUUGAUAGUGUUUGGUUGUUUCGUUCAUCUGUCCGUGUCCCUACCAUUUUCAUUUCCCGACGGUAGUAGAAGCCUUUCCUCCUCCAGCACUUCCACAGCAAAUCGGCGCCAGGAAGCAUUUGAAGGGCGAAGCAUUCGUGGCAACGAUGGCACAUCCAGCAAGAAUCAUCCAGGAAGAUUUCCCGACAUUUACAGCCGUUACCAGGUGCAUGAGAGCGAUCCUGAUCCACCUGGUGUAAGACCAACGGUGGGUCCAUUUCUUACACGUCCCGGAUCGAUCACUCCUCCUCCGCCACGGUACACGACGAGAUCGGAUCGCCCAAAUGCAGCCUACAAUCGUUUGCCGCCAGCGAAGAAUGACGAACCGAUUCAGGCCGAACCGGCCACAGACUAUGACGAUGGGGACGAUGAUGAUGUGGGCGAGGAAGGGGAACAACCGGACAAACCGGUGAAUGCAGCAACGGUUCCGAUCGGUGGUGGUGGCGGCGGUGGCGUUCCCUCCAACACGGUGAACAAUCUGUUUUAUGGUUUCAACGACAAGUUUGGAGGUUUAGCGGGUGGACUCACGUCGCUGUUCGGCGAAAAUAGACACAAGUUCAAGUACAAGCGACGAAAACCGGGACAACCCUGCAUUCCCUACAGCUUAUUCCACAAGCUCAAGUAUGGCCGCGAUCUGCAGGGGAAUCCGGUCGAUCCAAAAACACUUCUACCGCACCUAAACUUUGUCUUGGCAGACGUAAACUAUUACGCACCAAGCAAUAACUACGGUGGUGGUGAUCAUGCAUCAGAUACCGGAACUGGUGGCGCUGUGUUUAACAACCAUUAUUACGACGCAGUUGGUGGAUAUCCUUGCCAGGGCAUAUCGUUUGGUGGUGGAUCGCCACAUAAACCAUUCAAACCACAUCGACCACACGGUGGCCCGCUCGGAUUCUUCGGCCAGGGUGGUCUGUUCGAUUGGGUAUCGUCAGCGGAUCAGGUACAAGGCGACGAAGGUGUCGGUGGAACUGAUGGAACGAGUGGCAAUCGACCAACGGUGGUGUUUAAUCUGAACGAUGCAAUUGACACAGUGGCUACCAACUGGAAACCGGGUGAAAGUUUUCAAAUGAUGAUGGGAGUCAUAGCGAACUUUAUCACACAGGUCGCUGGCGGAGCGGCAGCACCGGUGGCGGACGCGGCGUCCGAUGUGCGUAAAAUAAAUCGCGAAUUUUUCAGUCUUUUCGGUUGAAAGGAAAUUGUUACUGUUAAUUGUUGUUUAUUUGUGUAGAAAUAAAAAUAAAUAAAAUACCAUGACAGAAGGAGAAAUAAAUAAAAAUUUGAUUCCA